AGAACGAUUUCAAAUAGAGUAUAGUAGUGUUUAGAUAUCGUCUAAGGAACUAUAUCUGUAUGCUGGAUUAGAUUGAGUGUAAUUAAUAGUGUAAAUUGUUUCUUGUAAGCACGGUUCCCGGAAGAUCGGCCACUGUGUCGAGGGAUUCCAGUCGUAAAAUAAAGUCUCAAUCAAUCAAUCAAUCAAUCAAAGCACAAUGCUCUCAUACGGGACCUCACGUAGUUGGUAGUUGUGAUAGUAUGGGAAGACACAAGCGAAAGCACACUAAAAGCUCAGGAAACAGUGAAAGUGACGGGCCAUCAGAGGACGACUCUAGCGUUGACUCUGACACCAGCUCAGCGUCGAUAUCACGCUCGUCUGAUGUCUCAGACACUAAACGUUCAGUCAAAGUCCAAAGUAAGAAAAAGCGCAAGAAAAGAAAAGAGCAGGAAGGCCAAAAGAAGCUAAGCAAGAAACGCAAUUCAUUAGACCCGAUAACAAAACAUGACUUUUUUGAAAAGAGUUCUGAGUUUCGUUUGUGGCUUAUUGAAAAGCGGCAUCGGUAUUUUGAUGAACUAAGCAAUUCUGACUCCAGGAAACUAUUCAAGAAGUUUGUUGUGAGAUGGAACAGUGGGAAACUGAACAAGAAAUAUUAUGAAGGCAUUCCGGUCAGUGAGUUACAGAAGACUGUCCGGACACGUUAUAAAUGGAAAUUUGCAUCCAAACUCGAUGACUUUGAACAAGACACCAUCAGAGACAGCGUGAUAACAUGUACAGCUGGAAACUCAAAAGUUGAAAACCUGUUGUUUUCAACGGGUAAGCCUACAGUUGAGAAGUCUCAAGUGAGAGGUCCCAUAGGACCUACAUUGCCACCUGUUACUCGUAAGUCAGGAAGUGCUCUCGUGUUGGAAGACGAAGAAAAGCAACGUAAUGAUCGACAGAGAAAGAAGUACGAAGAAAAGAAACACAGAGAGCAAAAAAAUGUGGUAAUGGAUGAAUUGCUGCCUAAAGCAACUGGGAGAGAAGCGAGGAUUGAGAAAAAGUUUGCAGAGGCUGAACAACGACGGCAACGAGAGCAUAGUCCUGAGACGAGAGAUGAUGUCCUGAUGGGUGGAGGAGAUAACUUCCGCUCAAGACUAGCCGCAAGACAAAAAUUUCAAGCUAGACGUCGGGAAGAGAAGCAGCAGAAAGUGGCCGAUAGAGUGGAACAAUACGAGGCGAAGGAAAAGGCAACAAUGGAUGCGCUCCUGGCUAUGGCUCAGGCAAGCAAGAAGGUAAACGCACUGUGGCAGCCAAAGUAGUCUACUCUCUUUGUAUAUAACACAAUCUUCGUACAUACAAUUCAUUGUCAUUGUAUUUUACUUAAUGAAAACAUUUAAUUAAGUAAUCUGUUUUAAAAUCGUUA